UACAAAAUUUUCGUUUCAAAUUGUCUAUCUUUCAAUUUUAAGUUUUUUCUUUAAUUUCUUUAUCUAGCCAACUGGUGUUUAAUCAAAGUCCAACGACAAUUUCGGCAAAAGCAAAUUAUUUAAGGUGACUAAGUAAAAUCGCAUGCAACGGUCAAGCGUUUCGCUCUUCUACUCCGCGAGUGAAUCGAACAAGGCUCAGGCAAACGCCAGUGUGUUUUGAGUUGCAUGAAUUUGGAUAAAUUUCAUUACAAAUUUUGUGAUUGUGUGGAUAGUGUGCGAAAUAGCGAAUAUCCUGCGGAGAAGUAAAUUUAAAGAGUAGAGUUAAAUAAUUAUAUGUAAAAGGAAAAUUCGUAAUAUUGUUGUUACAUAAAUGUCACAAGCGAAAGUCUAGUAUUAACACAAAUGGCAACGAGUUCUACGGGUUUUCUGGGCAACUUUCUUUCCAAAGGCCUGAAAACCAAUCAAUUGGAGGUGAAUACAGAUGAAAAAACGUUGCGACCGAUUGCACGUCUAAAAGAACCUCGUGAUCUCUUCGCCCUGCCGAAAGAUAAGGAUCAUGAUUGCUCACAGCAGGCCCCCAGAUGGCCGAUUGAGUGUCAGGUCAUUGAGGAGCGUAUUGUCCAUAUACCCUAUGUACCAGCGCAGCCGGAACCUUACAAUCAGCCAUCGGGACAUGAAUUAAAGCCCCGUCCGGUGGGUGAAGAGAAUGGUGUGAUCGUAUUCAAUUACAAUCCCGUUAGCGCUGUCAAUUACAAGAAAAAGUCUAAAGCACAAAAUUCGUCAAGCGACUCGGAUAUAUCGUCUUCGGAAUCACGUGGCUCUUCGCCCGAUCGCAGCACACCCGAUCGUCGUAAGCUGAAAUUGAAAAACUCAUUCACGAAGCUAUUAGCGAGUAUGGAACGACGAUCGUCCAGCAAUUCCUAUGACGAAUAUGAUGAAGACGACGAUGAGAAUGAUAACGAUGAUGCGGACGAUGACAACGAUGAGGAGAAUGAAGUGAAGGACAUAGCUAAGACAUUAACUAAUGUCAUUGAAGAAAAGGCGGAGGACGACGACAUCGAUGAUAUUUGGGCUAGCAAAUCGCCAGAGUAUCAGCCAGCCAUGCCCACUUAUAUUAAAAGUCAAUUUGGCAAAGACUUAACAGCCAUUAAGUGUAAAGCUAAAUUUCCCGAAGAUGUGCCACUACCAAGCAUACCGACGCGUCCGAUCGCACCGGUAAAAUUAAAUGAAAGCAAACCUAAUGCACUUAUCAAGCCUCCAGGCAAUUUAAAUUCCCAAAUAACUAAGACUAGUGAUAGUAGUAGCGGUAGUAGUAGUAGUAGUAGCUUAAGCAGUGACAUUGWUAUUGAGGCGAAUUUUAACGAAGCCGAGGACGAUGAUGAUGAUGACGGUAGCAAGACAUUGCGUGAGACGGUAACCGCGACGAACAUGAACUCGCAACAAGCGGCGGUAAAAUCGAAAGAGCAAAAUUCAAAAUCUCUAAACAAACAGUUGGCGGAAAUAUUGGCACACAAUCAGGUUUUCAAACCGAACUCCAGUAGAAACGGUUCGCAGUUGCAGAGUGUAGACUUAAAUGUGAAUUAUGAUUUCAGAAGCAAAAAUUCUAGUCAUACAGAAAAUCAAUAUAACAGUUAUGUUCCAAAUAGAGAUAAUGAACUUGUCUAUUCUGAUUCAUUAUAUGACAUUCAGUUUAGUCGCUCAGCAGUUGGUGGCUCCAAGAUCCUGAUGAAUUGUCAUCCCUGCAGCGCAGAGGAAUAUGACGGCUUGGAGUUCGAGUCGCGUUUCGAGUCGGGCAAUCUGGCGAAAGCGGUGAUGAUUACACAAACCUACUAUGAGCUGCACUUGCGUUCGGAUUUGUAUACGAGCCGUUCGAAGCAAUGGUUCUACUUUCGUGUGCGUCGUACGAGAAAGAAUGUUAUUUACAGGUUCUCCAUCGUCAACCUGGUGAAAUCAGAUAGCCUGUACAACGAUGGCAUGCGCCCGCUCAUGUAUUCGACCAUCAGCGCCAAGCAGAUAAACGAGGGCUGGAGGCGUUGUGGCACAAAUAUCGCCUACUAUCGCAAUGAUGAUGACACACCAUCCGAGGAGGAGGACGAAAACAGCUCCUACACGUUAACGUUUAAUAUUGAAUUUAAACACGACAACGAUACGGUUUACUUCGCACACAGCUACCCGUACACCUACAGUGACUUGCAGGAUUAUCUGAUGACUAUACAAAAGGAUCCUGUCAAAUCGAAAUUUUGUAAAUUAAGACUUUUGUGUCGCUCGCUUGCGGGUAAUAAUGUGUAUUAUUUAACGGUGACAGCGCCGGUGGCGGAUGAGGAAGCGAUGAGGAAAAAGAAAGCAAUCGUAGUCUCAGCGCGUGUACAUCCCAGCGAAACGCCCGCCUCGUGGAUGAUGAAGGGCCUCAUGGAUUUCAUCACCGGCGACACUUUAGCAGCCAAAAGGCUGCGUCAUCGCUUCAUUUUCAAGCUCAUACCAAUGCUCAAUCCGGAUGGAGUGAUUGUGGGCAAUACGCGCAACUCAUUGACAGGCAAGGAUCUGAAUCGCCAAUAUCGCACCGUUAUACGGGAAACAUACCCCUCCAUUUGGUAUACAAAAGCCAUGGUUAAAAGACUGAUUGAUGAAUACAAAGUUGUCUUGUACUGUGAUAUGCACGCCCAUUCGCGCAAGCACAAUAUUUUCGUUUAUGGCUGUGAGAAUAAGCGGAGUCCCGAAAAGAAGCUAACGGAACAAGUAUUUCCGUUAAUGUUGCACAAGAAUGUGGCCGAUAAGUUCUCCUUUGAAAGCUGUAAAUUUAAGGUGCAACGCAGUAAAGAGGGCACCGGCCGCAUUGUGGUUUGGAUGCUGGGCAUCACAAACAGUUACACGAUUGAGGCAUCGUUUGGCGGCUCAUCGCUAGGCUCACGCAAGGGUACACACUUUCAUACGGCGGAUUACGAGCACAUGGGGAAAGCAUUUUGCGAAACAUUACUCGAUUAUGGCGAUGAUACACCGAAUAAAGUAAAGAGAAUGACCAGACACAUGAAACAAAUUAAAAGAAUAAGAAAACGUGAGAAACGCGAGAAGAAAGCAUUGAAAUUGAAGAAAAUGGCCGAACAGGAGCGUUUACGUCUCAAGAUCAUCGAGCGGCUCUUGAAAGAAGGUUCGAAUGCUGAUGAACCACUAAACAUACCGUUAUCGGAUUAUUCGAGCGACGAAGGUGGCAUCUCCAGUUCAGAGAAUGAAUGUCGCGGUUCGAGUUUUUCCGAUUUGGAGGGACCUUGCUGCGCACUCAGCCGAGCACCGCCAUCUACACCCGAGGCAGAGGCACAACAUCGCCGGCACAAAUUGACACGCAUGCGUCGCGUAAUGCGUGAGCUCGAUCGCAUUUACUUCCAACCAUUAUUCCAAAGGAAAUUCCGUUGUUUCAUCAAAGUUAAACGCGGCAAAUCGAAACGCUCCGAUAAGAAGAACUCGAAGCGGAAGAGCACGAAUAGUUUCGACAUUGCUACAAAUUCGCAAAUACGUCGGCUGCAGGGUGGCGCUGAGACUGCCGAUGGCGUGAAUAGGAAAUCGUGUAUUUAUGAGGAGAUUUUCCAAGAUGCCCACGAUGGCGCUUCCAAUGAAAAUGUUUCGAUAACAUCACCGGGUUGCGACUCCGUUACUAAUGAAUCCGAUGAGCGCUCAUUUCUGUCCGCUGAAGGUGAGGAUUCCAAACAAGAUUGUAGAAAAGUGGCGCAGAAGCCGCAAACUUCCAAGAAAAAGAUAAAGGAAACUCAGUUGGUGCAGCGGCCGACAGUCUCAAGAAAGCUACGCACGUGGCUGGCGGAAAGAAAAAUAUUCAUCCUCCGUAGAAAGCAAAAGCAACGCAAAGCGCGCCCGCGUCGUUCGCAUAGCAAUCGCAAACGCAGCGAAACACGCAUAGCGUUGGACCUGCCCACAACCGAUCCCAGCGCCGAUUUGAUAUUCUCCACCGACGACGAGACAAAUCCACGUGACGAGGAUGGUAAUUUACCACAAUAUUGUGUGGCACCAAGAGAGCGCACACGCCGUUUGCUACAAAGUGAAUUGCAACGACGCUACAUUGAGGAGAUCGGCGAUAAUGGAACAGAGCGAGGUAGAGCCAAAAUGCCACCCGAAUUGAUUAUAACAUCACCAUCGAAAGGUACAAAAAUCACUAUAAGACCCAGUAUGGCGCCUACGCAGAGGCUACCCGAUGCGAUCGGUACUCUCGAAUUUCCGGUGGCAUUUAAGCCGGCACGACGCACCAACUCAUGGCACAACCUCAAUAAUGGUGCGCUCAAACCGGUGUGUAUGGCCCGACAAAAUUCUAGAAUAACUAACCCUUACACUGCGAACGAAAGCAACAUUGAAGAAUUAGAUUUGAAACUCUCACUAAAGAAGAAAUACUGGACCGGUGUGAAACCUGAAAAAAUCAAAGAUGUUCCUGAAUAUCAACGGCCACUUUCAUGGAAUCAACCCAUAAUAAGACGUCCACACCAACUGAAGAAACCAUCACGCGAAAAAUUAGACAAUCAAUCAUUCCAAAAAGCCGACAGUGAGGCCUUUCUCAACGCUUGUUCUCAAAAACUGAUGCACUGGCAGCAGGAGCUUAACAAUGUAGGCAAAUCGUGCGGGGAAAAUGGUGGAGAUGCUUCACCAAUGCUAACACGAAAAAUUGAUAUUCGACUGGACGCCAUAGCUUUAGGUAUGCCAGAGCUUAUUGACGACGAACGCACUUUACGUAUUUUUAGAAAAGUAUCACAGGCGAAAAAGGAACUAAAAGCGCCCACAAAGGAGGAGGUAGCAAAUGUGGAGCACAAACAACGACGCCGCAGCAAUGCACUCUCGAAAAUAGCCGACACAACACAGCUAAUUACCCGCCUAACCAAGAGUAAAUCGAAGACACGCAGUAACCAUAGCCAAUCCACUGCCAAUCGCAAUAGCAACAUCAGCAUUCAUCAACAAGGCGCAACACUGACGCAAGUGACCAAAGCCGGUGUGCAGGGCAUAAAUCGUUUUAAAACCGGCGGCAUUGUAGUUACAGCGGUGCAACAGUCCUCCACGAAAAAAGCUAAGAAACAUCAUCGUAGCAAUAAAUCGCAGCACACCCUGGUAGGUGCUGGCGCUGGUGGCGCGUCCAAAAAGGAACAGAAUACUAGCACUAGUGGUUCUUUGCUAAGUAAAACGAAUCUGUCAAUGAAAGCAUCUGUGAGUUCCAGCACGUUUGCCCGGAAAGUUAAGACGAAAUUAGCUAAGAAGAAAUCACAUCACUCACGGGAUGAACCGUCCAUUAUAAUACCUAGUAACCGUAAUUUAGUUAAUACUAAUGGUAGCAUCGUCGCCAACAAUAGUAUUUUCAGCAUGCCUUUGUCACGAAAGACGUAAUAAUUGUUUAAUAUAUUGAUAACAAAUAAAAUUAUAUGAUAACAAUGUUAAGCGAUUUUAUAUGUCAUUACGAAUCAACAAUAAAUAUAUAUGUAAUUUAUGAAAAUGUAA